AUGUCGACUCAGUACACCCUCUACUCACACCGUGGUCCUGGACCGAACCCGCUCAAGGCAGCGGUGCUGAUGGAGCACCUCGGCCUUUCGUACGACGUCGUGCCCCUCGACUUUGGCGACGAUCCCGAAAAGGGUGUCAAGGGCGCCAAGUUCCUCAAGAUUAACCCCAACGGCCGUGUCCCCUGCCUCGUCUCGAACGACAGCGACAAGUUUAGCGUCUGGGAGAGCGGUGCGAUCCUCUACUACCUCUGCGACAAGCACGACAAGGAGGGCAAGUACCUGGGCAAGACGCCUGAAGAGCGCGCCAUUGUUAUGCAAUGGCUCACCCACCAACUUUCCGGUCUCGGCCCCGUGCAGGGCAAUGUGAACUACCUAGUUCACUACUGGACCCAGACUUACUCUGAAGAGCCGCAGAAGUCUGCGUUCACUCGCUUCGAGGGCGAGGCAGCUCGUUUGUACCAGGUGUUGGAGGACCAGCUGAAGAAGCAGCAGCAGCGCGGCUCGAACUUUAUUGCGCUCGACCGUCCUACCAUCGCCGACUUCGCCUUCUGGACGUGGGUGCGCAUCGCCAGCUUUGGCAACAUUGAUCUGUCGCCCUACCCGGCCGUGCAGAAGUGGUGCGCCACCAUCGAGAACGACGCCAAGUCCCAGGCCGCUGUGGCCAAGCUUCCCCUCAAGUGA